GGGGGGACAGCAGGUAUAAGAGGCUGGGGUGGCUGUAGGAGGGUGGAUGGCAGCAUGGAUUCUAGGCAGGCUGCUGCACUGCUGGUGCUGCUGCUGUUAAUAGACCAGGGCUGUGCUGAAGGGCCAGGAGGCCAGCAAGACCACCAGCUCCCCGCGGUAAGUGUGUGUCCCAUCCCCAUAUCACCAUUGCCUCUACCUCGGUUGAGACUUGUGCUCUAGGUUCUGAUACUUUCUCUGGCUGCCAAGGUUGCCAUUAGGUCCUCACAUCUGAGGAAAUGGUUCUGCAGCCUCCUACCCCUUGCCCCUGGAAGCCAGUCCCUUCCCUUUGUGACUUACAUGUCCAGGGUAUUUGCCCAUCUUCCUUCCCUGACACCCCCUUGGCACAGGAGGAAGACAGUGAACCCCUCCCGCCACAGGAUGCCCAGACCUCUGGGUCACUGUUGCGCUACCUGCUCCAGGCAAUGGAGAGACCUGGCCGGAGCCAAGCCUUCCUGUUUCAGCCCCAGAGGUUUGGCAGAAAUACCCGGGGAUCCUGGAGCAAUGAACGGCUGAGUCCCCGGGCUGGAGAGGGGCUGAAUUCCCAGUUCUGGAGCCUGGCUGCCCCUCAACGCUUUGGGAAGAAGUGACAUGUCAUCCCUUGAUAUGUUUGCAUGCAAGGCCCACACCCAAAAGUGUCAAUAUUUGCCCCCCAAAUAAAGUUGUCUGGCUUCUGAA